AUGAGCAAGACACCAGGCGACGACGAAACGCUGGCGGGCGCUGAGCCACAGGCCCACCAUGUGGAUAUCGUCCAGGCUGAGGCUGCCUUCAUCGAGCUGUCCAGAACACUUUCAAGGCGUUCGCGUGCGACGCAGUUGAACGAUGAAAGGGAAGAGAAGGGAUAUGAGCAAGACAUCGAGAAAGCAAGAGAAGCUGACUUGGAAGAAACAUUCGACCUGCGCGAAUACCUCAGCAGCACCAAUGAUGCCAUGCAGAGUGCUGGCAUCAAGCACAAGCACGUCGGUGUCACUUGGGAAAGCCUUCGAGUGGAGGUGCUUGGAGGAACAGGCCACAAGCUAUACGUCCGAACAUUUGGCCAGGAUGCCCUGAAUUUUUGGCUCACUCCAUUCUUACUGCUCCAGCCACUAGUCCGGCCACUGGUAUCAAAAUUGCUUCCCUCCAAGCACAUCGAAACAACACCUAUUCUUCAAGAGCAGUCGGGGCUUCUGAAGCCGGGGGAAAUGUGCCUCGUUUUGGGAUGUCCUGGGGCGGGCUGUACCACGUUCCUCAAGACCAUGGCUAACGAGAGGAGGGAAUACGCGAAGAUAUCCGGUGACGUCCGUUACGCCGGUAUCGAUGCGCACGAGAUGGCCAAGUAUUACAAGGGCGAGGUCGUCUACAACCAAGAGGACGACAUCCAUAUCGCGACAUUGACCGUCUCGCAGACGCUUGCAUUCGCAUUGUCGCUGAAGACACCGGGGCCGAACGGUCGCCUGCCGGGGAUGUCGCGUAAGGAGUUCAACCAGACCGUCAUGGGCGUCUUGCUCCGCAUGCUGAACAUCCCCCACACCGCGAACACGUACGUCGGCGACGAGUUCGUGCGAGGCGUGUCAGGAGGGGAGCGGAAGCGCGUGUCGAUCGCGGAAAUGAUGGCCACGCGAGCCCAUGUGCUAUGCUAUGACAACUCUACCCGCGGGCUCGAUGCGAGCACCGCGCUGGACUUUGUCAAGUCGUUGAGGGUUAUGACGGAUGUCCUCGGCCAGACAGUCUUCGUGACAUUAUACCAAGCUGGCGAAUCUAUCUACGAGCUCUUCGACAAGGUCCUCGUCCUCGACAAAGGCCGCCAGGUGUACUUCGGUCCGCCCUCGACCGCUCGGGCAUACUUCGAAGGGCUCGGCUACAAGCCGCUCCCGCGCCAGAGCACGCCCGACUACCUCACCGGCUGCACGGACCCCAACGAGCGGCAGUUCGCGGAGGGUCGCUCGGAGGCGGAUGUCCCCACCACGCCCGAGGAGCUGGAACAGGCGUUCCUGCAGUCGUCGUUCGCGCACGAGAUGCACGCCUCGCUUGCAGAUUACAAGACGCUCAUGGAGCACGACAAGGCGGACCAGGAGGCUUUCCGCGCGGCGGUCGCAGCGGACAAGAAGCGCGGCGUGUCGAAGAAAAGCCCGUACACGCAGGGCUUUUUCAACCAAGUGCGCGCGCUCACGAUGCGCCAGUUCCAGAUGCGUGUGCAGGACCGGUUCCAGCUGAUCACGAGCUACUCGUUGCACACUAUUUUGGCGCUGGUCAUUGGGGCGGCGUAUUUUGACCUCAAGCCUGAUGCGGCGGGCGCAUUUACGAGGGGGUCGGUCGUCUUCGCUGCGAUGCUUACUACUUGUUUGGAUACUUUCGGAGAGAUGCCUGUGCAGAUGCUUGGUCGACCCAUCAUCAAGAAGCAGACGAGCUAUGGCCUGUAUAGACCGGCAGCGAUAGCCAUCGCCAACACAUUAGCGGAUAUCCCAUUCUCUGCAACGAGGGUCUUCAUCUACAAUAUCAUCAUCUACUUCAUGGCGCACCUCGCGCGAUCGGCAGGCGGUUUCUGGACGUAUCAUCUCUUUACGUACAUCACGUUCUUGACGAUGCAAGGUUUCUUCAGGACGUUUGGGUUCAUGUGCACCAACUUUGACUCGGCGUUCCGCCUUGCGACAUUCUUCUUGCCGAACAUGAUCCUGUAUGCUGGUUAUAUGAUCCCUGUCUUUCAGAUGAAGCGCUGGCUGUUCUGGAUCUACUAUAUUAAUCCGAUAUCUUAUGGCUGGGGUGGGAACAUGGAGAACGAAUUCAUGCGCUUAUCCUUGGAUUGCGAUGGCGAUUACAUAGUCCCACGUAACCCUCCAGGAUCAAACAAGUAUCCUGACUACCUCGGAGAAAACCAGGCUUGCACGCUAUACGGUGGUACAUCAGGACAAAGCACGAUCCCUGGCCGGUCGUACGUCGACGCUGGAUACCAACUCAAUGUCUCGAAUCUCUGGCGCGAGAACUUCCUCGUGCUAGUUGGAUUCUUCUUGCUGUUCCAGCUCACACAGGUUCUUCUCGUCGAACUUUAUCCUCAAUUUUACGGUGCUGCGGCUGUGACUAUCCACGCCAAAGAGAACAACGAACGGAAAGCACUAAAUGCUCGUCUGCGGGCACGCAAGGCAGAGCGAGAGGGAAAAAGUAAGGAGGGCGUUGACAUUGAGAGAGUUGGGGAAAACAAAAAUGACGGCAACUUCGACUUUGAAAGCAAGACGUUCACUUGGGAGAACAUCAAUUACCAUGUCCCCGUAGCUGGCGGCUCGCUCAGGCUUUUGCACGAUGUGUUUGGCUAUUGCAAGCCGGGUACGUUGACUGCUCUCAUGGGCUCGUCCGGUGCAGGCAAGACGACUUGCUUGGAUGUGUUGGCACAACGCAAGAACAUCGGGGUCGUGACUGGGGAACUGCUUCUCGACGGUCGUCCGCUUGGAACAGACUUCGCGCGCAAGACUGCUUACGCCGAGCAAAUGGAUGUCCACGAAGGCACUGCUACCGUCAGAGAGGCCAUGCGGUUCUCCGCAUACCUCCGGCAGCCAUUUGAUGUGCCGAAGGCAGAGAAGGACGCCUACGUCGAGGAGAUGAUCGAGGUGCUGGAACUGCAAGACCUGGCCGACGCAGUGGUGUACAGUCUUGGAGUGGAGGCGCGCAAACGGCUCACUAUUGGAGUGGAGCUGGCGAGCAAGCCGUCGCUGCUGUUCCUGGACGAGCCAACGUCCGGAUUGGACGGGCAGAGUGCGUGGAACCUCGUUCGUUUCCUGCGAAAACUCGCAGACAGUGGGCAGGCGAUUCUGUGCACUAUCCACCAGCCGUCGUCGAUGCUCAUUCAGACGUUCGACAAGCUGCUCCUGCUUGAGAAGGGCGGUGAGACGGUCUACUUUGGCGGCAUCGGUCCUGAUUGUUACGUUCUGCGGGAGUACUUUGCUCGCUACGGAGCUGUUUGCCCGCCUAACGUCAACCCAGCUGAAUUCAUGCUGGAUGCCAUUGGUGCUGGACUCGCCCCUCGUAUCGGCGAUCGUGAUUGGAAGGACGUGUGGCUGGAUUCCCCUGAGUAUGCAGAUACAAGGACAGAGAUUGACCUAAUCAAGCGGGAGGCCUUGGCCAAGGCUGUUAAUGAGAACGAUAAGCCCGCCACCUACGCCGCGCCGUUCUGGUACCAGCUGAAGGUCGUUGUUGUGCGGAAUAGCACGAUGUUGUGGAGGUCGCCGGAUUAUGUGUUCAGUCGUCUCUUCGUGCAUGCCUUCAUCUCGCUGUUCGUCUCGCUGCCCUUCCUUCGAUUGGGCAACAGCUCUCGUGACCUGCAAUAUCGGGUCUUCGGAAUCUUCUGGGUGACUAUCCUUCCGGCUAUCGUCAUGGGCCAAUUGGAGCCAAUGUGGAUUUUGAAUAGGCGGAUUUUCAUUCGAGAGGCGUCCAGUAGGAUAUACUCCCCGUAUGUGUUCGCCAUCGCACAGCUUGUUGGGGAGAUGCCGUACUCUGUUCUUUGCGCUAUUGUUUACUGGGUUCUGAUGGUCUAUCCGAUGGGAUUCGGCAAAGGUUCGGCCGGAGUGAGGGGGACUUUCUUCCAGUUCCUGGUCACCCUGUUCAUGGAGCUGUUUGGCGUGACCUUGGGUCAGCUCAUCGGUGCAAUCUCUCCUAGCAUGCAGAUUGCGCCUCUCUUCAAUCCGUUUAUUAUCCUUGUCCUGAGUACCUUCUGUGGAGUCACGAUCCCGUAUCCCACGAUGGAGAAGUUCUGGCGUGCAUGGAUGUAUCAACUUGAUCCGUACACCCGUACGCUCAGCUCGAUGUUGUCCACAGAGUUGCAUGGAUUAAAGAUUCAAUGCCAGAGCGAAGAGUUUACGGUCUUUCACCCGCCUUCCGGGCAAACGUGUCAGGAAUGGGCAGGCACCUUCGUCUCUUCCUACGGCGGUUAUCUGGAGAACCCGAACGCAACCAGUUCAUGUCAUUACUGUCAAUAUGCUGUUGGUGACCAAUUCUUUGAGCCACUGAACAUCAAGUACUCUGAUCGAUGGAGAGAUGCGUUCAUCCUGUUUUCUUUCUGCAUAUUCAAUAUCAUUGUGACCAUCAUCGCGUCGCGUUUCCUACGCUAUGCCAAGCGAUAA